AUGGCCUCCAUUUUCCAAGAGCCGGCGCUGUGCGCCGAGGACCUUUCGCCAAAUUCCAUCUCGAACUUGGCGGGAACCGACCUCUUUAAUGUUAAUGCGGAAAGCUCCGAGAAGCCGUCUGCGAAUGCUCAGGAGGCUGCUUCGAAGUUGAAGAAGCUGGCCAACCAGGCUUCCACGAUCGGGCCUGAGCCCUUGUUGACGGGCGUGGAGACGAACGGGCCCUGGAAGGGGGUGCUGUAUGGCUUUUGGCCUGCUCUUGUCCUUGUGUUGGGCAUGGUCGUGAUGCUUGCAAUCCUGAACGUGCGCUGGGCUUUGGAUGGCUCGUUGGGCUUUCAGGAGCUUCACGGAAGGACGGUGGUCGCAAGUGCCCGCUUGGAGUCGCCGGGCUUGCUGCUGUGGCGCGUC